AUGGCUAUGCUUAAGGAUUCUGUCUUUGUAGUAGUAGUAGUAGUUGUCGUCAUCUUCGAUUUCGAUAACAAGUUCAAAGUGAAGCUAGCUAGUGCACCAACAAUGGUGACCUCCUCCUACUACUACUACUACUACUACUACAUAUUAUUGGGUGGGAGGAGUGUUUGUGGAAGGGAAAUGGAUCAGCUUAACGAUCUGAAUCACCUGGAAGAACCUGGAUGCUUAGAACAGAAACAGAAACAGGCAACACAAUUACUUGAUACAAUCAAUUUCCCUGUUCAUUUGAAGAAUCUUUCAAUACGGGAUCUUGAACAGCUCGCUGCAGAGUUUAGAGCUGAAACAGUUUAUAAUGUUUCAAAGACGGGUGGGCAUUUGAGUGCAAGUUUAGGAGUGGUGGAGUUGACUGUUGCACUUCACCAUGUUUUUGACACUCCAGACGAUAAAAUCAUUUGGGAUGUUGGCCAUCAGGCGCAUGUGCAUAAGACUUUGACGGGGAGAAGGUCAAGAAUGCAUACAAUAAGGCAGACAUUGGGGCUUGCAGGUUUUCCUAAAAGGGAUGAGAGCAUUUAUGAUGCUUUUGGUGCAGGGCAUAGCUCCACAAGUGUCUCUGCUGGUCUUGGAAUGGCGGUUGCCAGAGAUCUUCUAUGGAAGAAUAACCAUGUUAUCUCUGUGAUUGGAGAUGGAGCCAUGACCGCAGGGCAGCGUUCAGGGGUUAAAUUUGACCCCGAAUCUGGGAAGCAAUUCAAGUCCAAGCCCCGCUACACUUUCCUACACUCACUACUUAAUUUGUAG